AUGCCAAUGAAUAGAAUUACUAGUUUCAAUACGAUUCGAGCAUUGAGAGAACUAUUUUCAAGAUUCUGCAUUCCAAAAACAAUUGUUUCUGACAAUGGGAGCAAUUUUACAUCUAAAGAGGUAAAACAAUUCUUAGAUAGCAAUAAAAUUCGACAAAAACUUACAUCUCCUGCACACCUAUCUACAAACGGACCAGCAGAGCGGUUCGUCCAAACACUAAAAAAUGGUUUACGGUCAGCUGUGAAUCAUUCGGGGGACAUGCAUACCAAACUACACAGGCUUCUAAUGCAGUAUCGAAAGACACAGAGCUCAACGACCGGUAAAAGCCCAGCAGAGAUGAUGCUCAAAUUUAACCUUCGUACGAGAUUGGACUUAAUGCGAGAAGCCAACACUGAUCAUGCACGAGACUUAGGAGAUUGUAAAAGAAGCGUAGGCGUGGGGGAUCGUGUUCAAGUGAGAUUUUAUCAAAAUAAAGAAUCUAAAUGGAAAUUCGGUAGAGUUGCAAAAAGAGAUGGUUAUUUACAUUAUAUUGUUGAUAUUGAUGGUGUUUCAUACCGUAGACAUAUAGAUCAAAUAAGAUGCACUAAUGUUGAAGGUAAUACUAGUUCUGAAUUAGUUUCAAAAUUUAUUCCUACAGAUACACAACUUCCCACAGUCAUAAAUAAAGAAAUCCCUGAAAAGUCAAAUCUGUCCUUAGAGAAUACAGUGACAUCUAAUGACAAAACAACAGAAAUUCCUCAGAACAUGAAUGAUACUUCUAACAUGGAAGCUGUGUUAUCACCACUCCCAUCAGGAUCAAUAGAAGAGUCCGGCAAACUUGCAGGGCUACCAGACCAACCAAAAGACUCAGACCAAGUGGUUGAAGCAAGAAGAUCAACCAGGAUCCGACGUCCAGUUGUUCUAUAUCAACAUAAACCUUAA